CAUAUCUUGCUUUCUUCCCCAUGGAUUUGGCUCCAAAUCCAAAUUCCUUCAUAUCCCAAAUCACAUCCACUUCUUUCGCUCAUAUUCAUCUCCCCACUUUUCAAACACCCAAAACCUUAAUUUCAUCUUGUCAUCUAAAUUCCUCACAAUAUGACAAGAAAAUCGUCGAAAAACCCACCAUGUCUGAUAUUUUGGAGUCUUCAAAGGCACAAAACCUUGACCUCCGACUACAAACAGUGGGGCCGUUUUUCAGAAUCACGGCAACGAGCUUAGAAACGAACAAGGUGUUGGGGAAAGCCGAGGGAAUGAUACGGGUAUGGUGGAAGAAAGGGAAGAUUCUUCAUUUGGAUUCAAUUAAGUUGACCCGAGAAACAUUGGGUAUGGAUAGAUCCAUAUUUGGAAUCGGGUUGUUUAUUGGAGCUGUGAUGAUCCGAUAUGGAUAUGAUUGUGGGUGUAAAACUGCCGAGUUGCUUGCCAUUAAUGACUCCGAUCUUUAUCAUGCCAAGCUUGUGAAGUUUUAUAGAAGAAUAGGGUUCGAACCAGUUCGUGAGGUAAGUGGCUCGUCAAUGGGAGACCUUGGCCACAUGCUGGUAUGGGGUGGCGUCGGCACACGCAUGGAUGCUGAUGUUGAACGUCUCCUCGUGAAAUGGUGUACACGAUUCACCAUUCGUACACGUUCAAACUCGUGAUUGUUCGUGUAUUCGAUUAACAUGAAAAUUGGUUACAAUUUUGUUUUAUAAAAAAGACGGAAUCACAGUAAAAAUUUAUUAUAGUUAACUACA